UCUCUGCGGAGCUCCGUUUUGAAAGCGACAGAGUCACCUCCUGCAGUGCGGAAAGAUGGCCCAUACCUGGAUCUCUAUGUACCUGCCCCCCGACAUCAACCCCGCCCAGGCUUCCAUCGCGUACGGCUGCCGCGCCCUGCCCAAGCUGAACGAGGAACUGCAGUCCGAGGACCUGCAGACCAGGCAGAAAGCCCUCAUGGCUCUGUGCGACCUCAUGCAUGACCCCGAGCAUGUCUAUGUGGCCAUCGACAUAGGCUGCCUGGAGAGCCUGCGGGCUUUGCUGAGGGACACCAACCACAUGGUGCGCAUCAAGACCACCGAGGUGCUGUCCAUCAUGGCGACCCACACCGUGGGCAGAGACGGCUUUCUGAGGGACGGCAUCGUCACCGCGCUGUCCCUCCUGCUGAACGACCCGCAGCCGGCCUGCCGCGAGAACCUGCACCUGGCCUUCCAGCACCUGGCCCAGGUGCCCUCAGGGGCCAAGGGCAUCGUCGACAGCGGCCUGAUCCCCUCGCUGGUGCGCAAGCUGCACCGGGAGGAGGAGAGCAUCCAGGAGAUCCUGCUGGACACGCUGGCGGCCUGCCUGCAGGAGGACGCCACCGAGGCGCUCAAUAGCCGCGUGGUGCCCUUCCUCAAGGACAAGCUGCUCAGCCCCAACGACAACAUCCGCUGCAAGGCCGCCCGCACGCUCAUCGCCGUCAGCAUCCCUCUGGAGGGCAAGAAGCAGAUGUGUCGGCACGACGUCAUCCCCAUCCUGGUGCACCUCCUGAGGGACCCGGUGGAGGAGGUGAGGGCCAACGUCGCGGGGGCCCUCAUGUAUGCCACGGUGACCACGGAAGGGAAGUACGCGGCCCUGGAUGCGGACGCCAUCCACUCGCUGCUGGGUCUGCUGAUCUCGUCCUUGCAGAAGGCCCGCCUGAACGCCGUCAAGGCCCUCACCAUGCUGGCGGAGGCCCCCGAGGGCCGCAGGGUCCUGAAGGCCCACGUGCACGCCUUCCGAGUCCUGGAAGUGGGGGACCCCAGCAAGACUGUGCAGCGGGCGGCCCAGGUGGCCAUCAGGGUCAUCGAGUGGAAACCCUGAGCCUCUCCUGCGGCCAGACCCGAAUAAAGGGGCCCGGCAGCUUGCUCUCGGGUCUGCAU